AUCAUGAAUACUCUGUCUGAAGCAAAUGGCAACUUUGCCAUCCACCUUUUAAAGAUGCUCUGUGAAAGCAACCCUUCGAAAAAUGUCUGUUAUUCUCCCAUGAGCAUCUCCUCUGCUCUAGCUAUGGUCCUCUUGGGGGCAAAGGGAGACACUGCAGUCCAGAUGUCUCAGGCACUUGGUUUAAACACAGAGAAAGAUGUUCAUCAAGGCUUCCAGGGGCUGCUCAGUAACCUGAACAAGCCCAACAGAAAGUACUCGCUUAGAAUGGCCAACAGGCUCUUUGCAGAGAGCACUUGUGAAUUCCUCCCAACCUUUAAGGAGUCCUGUCUUCAGUUCUAUCACUCAGAGCUGGAGCAGCUGUCCUUUGUCAAAGCAGCAGAGGAGUCCCGGAAACACAUAAACACAUGGGUCUCCAAACAGACUGAAGGGAAAAUUCCAGAGUUGCUGUCGGGUGGCUCAGUUGAUUCCGAGACCAGGCUGGUUCUUGUCAAUGCCUUAUAUUUCAAAGGAAAGUGGCAAAAAGAGUUUGACAAAGAAUGCACAAGGGAAAUGCCCUUUAAAAUAAACCAGAGGGAGAAAAGACCAGUGCAGAUGAUGUAUCAGGAAGACAUAUUUAAACAUGCCUACGUGAAAGAAGUUCAGGCACAGGUGCUGGUGAUGCCCUAUGAUGGCAUGGAGCUGAGCUUGAUGGUCCUGCUCCCAGAUGAUGGUGUGGACCUCAGCAAGGUGGAAAACAAUCUCACUUUUGAGAAGUUAACAUCCUGGACCAAACCAGACUUUAUGAGGAGCACUGAUGUUGGGGUUUUCCUUCCAAAAUUUAAACUGCAAGAGAAUUAUGACAUGAAGUCUGUGUUUCAACACUUGGGAAUGGUGGAUGUCUUCCAAGGGGGCAAAGCUGACUUAUCAGGAAUGUCUCUGGAGAGAAACCUGUGUGUGUCUGAGUGUGUUCAUGAAUGUGUUGUGGAGGUGAAUGAAGAAGGCACUGAGGCCGCAGCCUCUACCAUGGUAAAUAUAAGCUGUGAUUCAUCUCGUGGUGACCCAAGGUUUUGUGCUGACCACCCCUUCCUUUUCUUCAUCAAGCACAACGAAACCAACACCCUCCUGUUCUGUGGCAGGUUCUCGUCUCCAUAAAGACACAUUUGCUAUGUGGGAAACAGUUCUCUAUUCAUCAUCUUCACAGCUCUUACAACCCUGUGAGGAUGGACAUAUAGGUUGAACCCAUGUUCCAAGAUGAGGGCACUUUCUUCCUUUCAGCCUGAUCUUCGGAUGCCCACAUUCCUCUCUCCUAUCCUGACAUUCAUCAGUGCCCUUUGCCAGGUCACAGGAUCACAGAGUGGUUGGGUUUCUGGUUGUGUAAACAACAAAGGAGGCAAACAAUUCCCUCAAGAGAGCCUACAAAGUUUUCUAGGGUGACCCAAAAUAAAUGCCCCAUUCACUGCACAGACAAGCCAUGCCAGCUCUACAUGCCGUGCUUUCCUGGCUCCUCAACUCUCCCCAUCACUUGCCUUAACCUGUUUGCAUCAUAGUAAAUGCUGUUGUGGAUGAUGACAGCUACUUCAGUUUACUAGUGAUUGGUCCUUAAUGCACAUUUUAACUUUAUUUUGCUUUACUGUCCACCACUCACCAGGUAUAUGCCCAUCACUGUGUUAGGAUUGGGGACAGGUGCAGACUGUGUGGUCUUCUAACUGCUGACCUUUACCACUUUCUCUCAACUUAUCUCUCAUGAGAACUACCUUGGAU